AUGCAAGAAACCCUGUUCUUGGCAGAGUGGCACAAAACCGGAAAACUAGUUGGAACCCACAUUGGGGAGGUGGAUGUUCAGGUUCCAAAUCAUUCAAAGCGCCUCUUGAGCCGUGAUAAAAAUUCCCAAAAAAAAUUCUUAAUUGACACUGGUGCAGAUAUCUCCAUUCUACCCAUUGGUAAAAACUUGAAGAAGCGUUCAACGAGUCUUAAACUUUCCUCCGCCAAUAAUUCGGGUAUUGACACUUAUGGGGGGACUAUUCUUUCCAUUGAUUUUGGACUGCGACGUCCAAUUGUCUGGAAUUUUUGUAUUGCAGCAGUCCCAUAUACGAUAAUAGGCGCGGACUUGCUCGAUCAUUAUCGUUUUCUUGUGGACAUUCACGGAAAACGAUUAAUAGACCCGCUCACUAAUCUUAGUUCUUAUCGGGAAGUUAUUUCUUUUGAUCAACCCUCAAUCUAUACAUUCCAGUUGUCUUCGAGAUUUUCACAGAUCCUUUCCGAAUUUAAAGAAUUAACCGGACUUACGCAGUAUACGCCCGUGAAUACUAGCAAGAUUUUUCACCAUAUUGUCAUGAAUGGACCUCCUGUCGCAGAACGUCCUCGACGCCUCGCUCCCGAUAAGCUCAAGGCUGCGAAAGCAGAAUUUAAAAGGCUUUGUGAGUUCGGGAUAUGCAGACCUUCCGAUAGUCCAUGGGCAAGUCCCAUACACCUUGCUAACAAAAAGGAAGGGGAUUGGAGAGUAUGUGGUGACUAUCGCCGCCUUAACGCUAUUACCACUCUAGAUAGGUACCCGAUACCUCACCUACAUGACUUUUCCGCUAAUUUGUACGGAAAAAACAUUUUUUCCUCAAUUGAUUUAAAGAGAGCCUUUCAGCAGAUUCCACUAGCUCCCGAAGAUAUUCCUCAGACAGCGGUGAUUACGCCGUUGGGCUUAUUCGAGUAUACGCGCAUGACGUUUGGCUUGCGAAAUGCAGCUCAAACUUUUCAGCGCUAUGUAGAUAGCAACUUGUCCGAUCUUGACUAUGUGUUUGUCUACAUAGACGAUAUUCUUAUCGCAUCCGCAUCGCCGGAGGAGCAUGAGACUCACCUGCGCGUCGUCUUCGAAAGACUAAAAAAGGCUGGCUUGAGAAUCAACCCAAAUAAAUGUACAUUUGGCGUAUCGGAACUGACCUUCUUAGGACAUCUCAUUUCAGGUGAAGGAUCUGCAAAUCGAAUAGCAGGUGAUAAAAUGGAUGAUAAGUUUGAUGACGGAUGCAUGUCUAAGGAAAAAGCUGCAGUAAAAUCUAAAUUUGUACCACUGAGAGAAGUCCUUCAAGCUUUCUUUGGUUUACAUGGGGUUUUAGAGAUUGUUUUACAUCAUAUGAAAUCAUUAAGAGAACAAACUCAAGUUUUAAGCCAUUUCGUACAAGGAAGAUUAUGGAAGUCACCAAGGAGUUCAGAAGCUAGGAGCAGUAUACAUUGUAAUACCUUGCUUGCCGCCAGGGUUUCGACCUGGUUUGGAUAA